AUGAAUGAAUUGUAUGAUAUUUCAUUUGAUUUGUUUGAAUUUCAAGAAUUUUUAGGUUAAGGAUCUUUUGGAUCUGUAUUAAAAGCAUUAAAUAAGUAGACACAAUAAUUAGUAGCAGUCAAAGUAAUAAUGGAUUUACUAAUUAAUUCUAGGUUAUUAAAAAGAAAUCUCUAUUCUAAUCUGAAUAAUUAUUAUAAGAAGCUCAUAUUUUGUAAGAGUUGUCACAUCCUAACAUUGUUAAGUUUUUUGGUGUACAUGAGACUGAUUCUAGAAUUCUAAUUGAAAUGGAACUCAUCUAAGGAGGUAUUGUUUAUUAUUCAUAGUAUUAAUAGGUUCAUUAAGUUCCUUAUCUAAGUGUUCUGAAGAAUAGACAAAAUAUAUUAUGUAUUCAAUAUUCAAUGCAUUAUAAUAUAUGCAUAAUAAUAAUAUUGCUCACAGAGACCUAAAAUUAGAAAACAUUUUAAUAACUCAUGAUUUAAGCCUACUCAAAGUAAGUGAUUUUGGGUUAAGUACAGGAUAUGCUUCCUUAAUGACAAAAUAAUGUGGAACUCUUAUUUAUAUGGCUCCUGAAUAAUUAAAUAAUAGAAUCUAUAAUAAAGCUAUUGAUAUUUGGGCUGCUGGUGUAAUCAUGUACUAAUUAAUUGUUGGAUAACAUCCUUAUUAUUAAAAAGGUUGUGAUUUAGCAUAAGCCUAAUUAAACAUGCAUGAAUUAUGCAAACCAUAUCUUAAUGAGUAAAUUACACAUUUUUAAUCUAGAGUAUUCAAUAUAGUCUAUUUCGAAGAUUAACAGAAAUUAACCCAACUAAAAGAUAUAGUGCUACUCAAGCUCUAUUACAUCCUUGGUUUAAUUAUGGUAAUGAUGAACCUUUAAAUAUGGAAGAACAAUUUCAAUAAUGGAAAUAAUCAUUAAAAUUACAUAAAUUUAUUCUUGCUUUAAUGAUCUUAGGCAAAUUAGGAUAUUAAAAACAUAUAAUCAAUAAAGAAUUUUAUCAUUAAAUUUCUAAGUAGAUCUAAUAGAAUUAAAAAAUAGAUCUCUUAGGAAAUUAUGAUUAAUUAUUUGCAGACUAUUAAUAAUCCUUAAAUCAAGAUUAGAAAUAUCAAAUCUCUGCCCAAAUUAAUAAAAUUGAUUAAAAUACUAGAAUCGAUUUUCAUACAACUAUAGAUUCCACAAAAUAAUCAAAUUCAACUAUUCUUCAAUCUUCCAAAUUUUUAAUACCCUCCUCUAAUAAAUAACCAAUCAAAGCAAUUAAAAUCAAUUCUUACAAUCAAACGCCAAUUGUUGUUGAAGAUAUUGAGUAAGAAUAAAUGAUGAUGAAAUUAUCAGUUAAGAAUAAAGAAAUUCAAGAAAAAUAAAUUAUUAGAUAACCAUUCAUUAUCUAAUCAACUAAACUAAAUAGUAUUUCUGAUAUUAAUCAAUAAUUCAUCAAGGAUAAUUAAUUAAUAAAUUAAAAAAGUGUUGAUAAAUAAUUUGAAUAAUCAACUGCUUCAAGUCCAAAUAAAUCUCCUUAAACUCAAAAGAAAAAAAGAGUUAAAAAAUCAUAAAUAAAAUAGGAUACAAAUGAUCAUAUUAUAUAGAAUAAUUAUUCAAGAAUACCUAGUAUGGUCUAAAAAUAAGAUUAUAAUAAUAAUAUCGGACCAUAAUCCCCAACUCAAAAAAAUAAAUUCAAAAUACAUUUAAAACCUUUAAAUCAUAUCCCUAUGAUGACAAAUUCAUAAUAAAAUGAUGGAAAUUUAUCGCUACGUCCUCGUAAUUCAAGAUUAUCUGUCAAUAAAGAAUUCUAUGCUCCUCCAAUCUUAGAUUUAAGUAAUCUAGCUUUGGAAUGCAUGAGUCCUAAAUAUCGUAAAAUUAGAGCUAUUAGUUUAAAUAAUUAAAAAAAAAAAAUGAAAUUCAGUCUUUAACAGUUUUAGGAAUCGUUGGGAAUAAUAAUUUUAAGAUGA